AUGACCGGCACAGUGCCUCUGGGAAUUGGGAAAAUGCAGCAGCUGAGUUGGUUUAAUUUGUGGCAUAAUCAUUUUGUUAGUGGGAGCAGUGGUUUAUCUAUUUUAACAGUGUUAACUAAUUGCUCCAGCUUGGAAAAUCUUGAUUUGGCAUUUAAUUAUUUUACUGGUGUCCUGCCCACUUCAAUUGGUCGCCUUUCAAAGUCACUCUCGUAUCUAGCUUUGAACUCAAAUGAAAUUAGGGGAAGUAUACCAGAUGAGAUUGGUAAUCUCACAAACUUGACUCUAUUAGAUCUAAAUGCAAGCCAAUUAAAUGGGACAAUUCCAUCUGCACUCAGUAGACUUCCAAAUCUGGAAAGAUUAUAUUUGCACACAAACAAUUUACAGGGAAGAAUUCCAGAAAGUUUUUGCCAUUCAAAAAAGCUUGGAUUGUUGUCACUCAGUGAGAAUAUGCUUUCAGGCCAAAUUCCAGAAAGUCUUGGCAAGCUUCCACAAUUACGCGAUCUUAUUCUUCAUCACAAUCAACUAUCAGGCAAAAUACCUGCCAGUUUAGGGAGAUGUCAGACAUUGGAAAGGGUGGACUUGGCCCACAACAAACUAUCCGGAAAUCUACCUCCUGAAGUUGCAGGUCUUCAGAAUCUCCAGUUAUAUUUCAAUAUUUCCAAAAAUUUACUUCAAGGUUCUAUUUUGGAAAUGAGUAAAAUGGUUAUGGUUUUAGCUAUAGAUGUUUCUCAAAGUAAUUUCUCAGGAGGCAUUCCCAGUGCACUGGCAAGCUGCAAGAAGUUGGAAUACUUCAAUCUUUCUUUGAAUGCAUUCGAGGGGCCAAUCCCUCCAUUACUCGCAGAUCUACAAAAAUUGCAGUACAUGGAUCUUUCUUGCUAUAAUUUGUCAGGAAUGAUACCAGUGGCUUUCAAAAAGAUGAAAAUGCUUCAGCAUCUCAAUCUCUCUUCAAACAUGCUAGCUGGAGAGGUACCAAAGGGAGGAGCUUUUGCAACCCUUGAUGCCUCAGAAGUUAUGGGAAAUCUUGGCUUGUGUGGUGGAUGGAUCAAUUUGCCUCCAUGCUCUCAUUCCAAUCACAACCAAUCAUCAGUCUCCAAAAAGGUGAUAAUCUCUAUUGUUGUUGGCAUUGCAAUUUUGAUCAUGUCUCUUCUAUUGGUAGCAUUUUCCUAUAGAUAUAGAAGUUUGAGUACCCCUGCUCUCAAACUAUGGCCUCCAAAAAUUUCAUAUGAAGAACUUGUAGAUGAAAAUAUUUUAGGAAGUCGCAGUUUCGGGUUGGUUUAUAAAGGGAUUUCUUGA